CACGGCCACACCUUCAAUUCGGCUCUUGUGAGCUCAUAAAGUCAUGGCUAGGAGUCUGAAUGGUCGCGAUCAAUCCAGCGACGAUCCGAUCUCCUCUUUUGCGCCCCCUGGUACCUCCCAUUUCGACUCAAAUGCAUUCUCCUUCCCCAUCGACACCCAGCUGGCCAUGAACCCGAAUUAUGGCAUGUCUUCAUAUCCACGAGACCUCGGCGAUCCCACAGCAUCCAUCAACCACCCUGCGACAGACCAUCUCGGCGGUAUAACUGCGGCUUCGAAUGGCACGGUGUCUGGCGCAGGCGCAGAUGCCUCCAUGGCCCCUCCUCAGACUCCAAACCAAGCAUCCUUCAUACCUGCGCGCGACAGUGUGGACGAAUCGUCAGAGCAUAUGGCUAACACUGGCGAUAAGAGGAAAAGAUCAAAGACUUCGCGUGCGUGUGAUGAGUGUAGGAGAAAGAAGGUCCGUUGCGAUGCUCCAGUGGAGGCUGAUGGCACGCCGAAAACUUGCACAAACUGCCAAAAGGCUGGUGUGAUUUGUGAAUUUGAGCGCAAGCCUAUGAAGCGCGGUCCCUCCAAAGGUUAUAUCAAAGAACUGGCCGAACGCGUUCAGCAAGUCGAACACGUACAGAAGCAGGCGCUGCGACAGUCCUUGGACGGGAGCUCUAAUUUUGCUGGUUAUGCCGAAGCUUUCUCUCCCGAUGAGUCUACUCCCAGGCGUCAUUUCUCCUUUAACGACCCUCGCAAUCCGUUCGCACCGCUCGAAUUUCAGCGCGACAGAAUCCCAAGUACUGGCGCUUGGGGAAACAUCGCUCCUGGAUUGCGGCCGCGAGACGCUGGAAGUUUGGCAAUCGCUCCUGAUCAGUCCAUGCCUGGCCCCUCUUCACACCAGACGAACCAGGACGGUCUCAAAAUGUCAGAGAGUGUCAAACCUUUCUGGGCUGGACUUGAAUCUCCUCCACCCCAAAAACGACCACGACUUGAUGACCAAUAUGCGAAGCUUGAACCUUUCAACCUGAAUGAAGCUCACUUGAACAAAUACUAUCGGCAUGUGCACCCACUAUUCGCGCUCCUUCCAGAUGCUGAAGCAGUUUCGGGAAUAGUACAUCAGGCCUCUCCAGUAUUACAACACUCCUUCGCCGUUGCCAUCGCCUUGAUGGGCAAUUUCGAGAAUGGUAGCGCGACUAAUGGCAACCAUGCCGACACUACAUCCCAGUUUUCCAACUCGUCCGCUCAACCCCUCAAACACGAACUGCCCACCACUGCAUUCGAGGACUUCGAAGAACUGGCUAGCAACGUCGCGUCCGUCGCACAGCAAGGAGGCCCUGACACGAUUUCAGGACGUCUUCUAUGCGUCUGGACACUUAUACUGUUGGCCGCUGCAUGUGAUAGUGAUAUCAGCCAUGUACAGGGGUCAAUGACAACGAAAACCGACCUCAUCAACUCCAGCCUGCGGAUGAUCGACCAACUUCGAGCAACAGAAUCGACCACAUUUGUAGACAAUAUGGACCCAAGUCAGCUCAGCCAGAUUGUCCAACAAUCAUUCAACUGUGCCUGUCUGUUGUCCAAAUUGCAUGAUCUUGGCUUGGGGUCUGGCUUGCAAGAAUUAUCGGUAGCCGACAGGCAGAGCAAAGACACCAUGGUAGGAUAUGCUGAUAUUACCAAGGUACCUGCCGAAGCUGGAUUUCUCGCUCAUUCCUCCAACACUGUUGGCAUGGUGUCCUGCCUCCUUCACUUGGACCCUUACAGUCCUGUCGGCGCGCAAGUAAAACGCAUCCUUGCUUUCUCGCUCUUCGAAGAUACCCUGAAAAGAUACCCUCCCCUCACCCUGGACUCACCGAUCGUGCAUCAAACCAAGCUGUUCCUGGACUUGCUCAUGUCGCGCUAUCCAGAUAAUGAAUCCAGUCCUAUGCUUGUCCAGAUGAAGGCUACACAGUUAACCGAAUUUCUCACCAGCCAAUCGAUGACAGUAGCACCUUUCAACCCUCUGGACAUGCACUGCUGGUCAAUCGCUACCAUUACAUUCUGCGAAUUCGUCAUACACGCAAAGUCCGAGGUGUACACCAAGCCGGCAGUUGAGAACCUGAGUCGCUUGAAGGCGGCCCUUCAGAACAGAUCGGAAGCGUUCCACAACACUUACGGCUUUAGUUGGUUCUGGUCCGAGGCAAAAGCUGCAGCCGACGAAUAUCGGAUGUCACACUGGGCUGAUUGUUUGCUCAAUAUGAUUGACGAUGUGGGUGGGAGAUCGAUGCCAUUAUCAGAAGGGGCUGGUGAUAAUGCAGCAGUCCUGCCCAAUUUGUCUCUGUUGUUGGCUCAGGGAUGGUUCCGCGUGCUCUACCAUUACCGAUGGAAGGAUUGAGUAUCGUGUACCUUGCAACGUUCGGAUGGUGUCGACUAGACAAAAGAGAUAGUCGGCUGGAAACAAGUCUUGUUUCGCGUCGACGCGCCGACAAAACCAAAACGACGAGAGGGAUGAGUUAUGAAUUCUGAUGAACCAUGGAUGCAAAGAAGAGACAAGCUGUCAUUUGGGGCUGAUGGUUUGCAUACUUGUAUUAUAGGAGACCAGCGUGGUGUAUACAGAGCGGAACGUCGCCUAUUGACAGAGAGUCAAGGUGCCUGACCUCAAUGGAGAAGGAUCGUCUUUCUCUGUGCUCCCCAGGCUGUGUAUUUAUGACAGAAAGUUUCUCGAUCUCCUCUUUUCCGUGUGUGUCUC